AUGUUCGCUGCUCGCCGCUCUGCCUCUGUCCUUGCCCGUGGCUUCGCCACCUCGGCCCGUGUCGACUACAAGGCCGCCGUCCUCGGUGCCGCCGGUGGUAUCGGCCAGCCCCUCUCGCUCCUCCUCAAGGAGAACCCCAACGUCACUGAGCUCGCCCUCUACGAUGUCCGCAACGCCCCCGGUGUCGCCGCCGACAUCUCGCACGUCAACACCAACUCGCUCGUCAAGGGCUUCGAGCAGGAGGCUCUCCAGGGUGCUCUUGAGGGUGCCGACGUUGUCAUCAUCCCCGCCGGUGUUCCCCGCAAGCCCGGCAUGACCCGUGACGACCUCUUCAACACCAACGCUUCCAUCGUCCAGGGUCUCGCCGAGGCCGUUGCCAAGUACGCCCCCAAGGCUCUUGUUGGCAUCAUCUCCAACCCCGUCAACUCGACCGUCCCCAUCUUCGCCGAGACCCUCAAGAAGGCCGGUGUCUACGACCCCAAGCGCAUCUUCGGUGUCACCACCCUCGACGUUGUCCGUGCCUCGCGCUUCCUCUCUGAGAUCAAGGGCCUGAACCCCAAGGACGUCAAGGUCCCCGUCGUCGGUGGCCACUCUGGUGUCACCAUUGUUCCCCUCCUCUCGCAGUGCCCCGCCGGCGCCGACGUCCAGGGCGAGCAGUACAAGGCCCUCGUCCACCGCAUCCAGUUCGGUGGUGACGAGGUCGUCCAGGCCAAGGCCGGCACUGGCUCCGCCACCCUCUCGAUGGCUUACGCCGGUGCCCGCUUCGCCGACGCUCUCCUCCGCGGUCUCGCCGGCGAGGCCAACGUCAUUGAGCCCUCGUACGUCGAGUCGCCCCUCUUCCAGAACGAGGGCGUCACCUUCUUCUCGUCCCCCAUCGAGCUCGGCCCCGAGGGUGUCAAGAAGAUCCACCCCAUCGGCAAGGUCUCCGCCGAGGAGGAGGAGCUCAUCAAGGCCGCCCUCCCCGAGCUCAAGAAGAACAUCGAGAAGGGUGUCAACUUUGUUAACAAGGCUUAA